AUGGGGGAAGAAGACGCAAGUUCUCUUGUAAGGCCAAAGGUUGUUAAGAGUGUCCACUUCUGCCCCGCUACAGAAAAAUUCACACUUCGCGAAUACAGAGACAUUACAUCCAACAUGGGCUUGCCAACUGGUUCAGUGCUUUCUGAAGCACCCUUUAGGCCAAGAGAAGUCCUCUUCGAGAAGCAAAAGUUAUUUCAGAGCAUUCACAAACAUACUUUCAGUUCUGGGAAGUUACUGGAACUUCCUGACCUUAGUAUACAUUAUGUAUUGAGUAAAAUUCCCAAAGGCCCGUUGAAAACCACGAAGUUGGCUUCAUCCUGCUGA